GGAAAAGUAAAUGGUUUAGCAAAGAUUCGACCGGAUAUGGGCGGAGAGACCCCAGAGAGGGAAGGAGCUACUGUUAGACCCUCUAAAGUAGCAGAAAGAUCGUACAUCGAGAGCGUUGUUGAUUACAUCCACGAGGUGGUUGCUCCUCAGACGUCCCCUAAGUCGGAGGAGAAAGAGUUAGUGUUGUGGCAGUCCACUCAGGAGCUAAAGGAUGGUUCUAUUAUUCUCUUUAUUGGCUAUGUAACUGGGGUGCAGUGCUGGCUAGUUCCUAUUACUGGGCUGGCGUACGAGGUCUUCUCUCAGCGUAGAGGACCAGCAAAGACAGCCUGUUAUCUGGACACUGAGAUGUGCCACUACGGCGAGGAGUUGAGAGGUUUACACCCCUUCGUGCUGGUAGUGGACAACAGCAACCCUAAACCUGCCGCUACCUGUGUAGAUAUCUGGUCUAUCAGGAGUGGUAACAUGAUUCACACUAUCCACUUUAAAUCUGAGAUAUUCAGUCUCACUGUCAAUCAACAAGUGAUAGUGGUGGCACUGAAAGAGAAGAUUGCAGUAUUUGAUGCUGUUACAUUUGAGAUCAACUUCUGGAUUUCAAGAUGUUAUCCGUGUUCAGACGUGCAGCCAAUUGGUUUAGGAAGCAGAUGGUUAGCUUACAGUGACAAGGGGGCGAUGCAGUCACACCUCAGUUACGGUGGAAUGUGUGGUACAGGCUUACAGUCCUACACUGCUACGGUUCUUAAUGCAGCUGAGAGUGUCAAGAAGGGACUGAGUAUUGUGGGUGAAACAGUUGGAAGACUAACGCAACAUAACUAUCAAUACAGUGAAUCUACAAAAUCCCGUGACACAGAUGAUAAAGCAGGAAUAGUGACCAUAGUAGACUGUAUUAAGGCGGACGGUGAGACGAGUUUAAGCGAUAGUAGCACAUCUCGAGCAACCAUGGCCCACUUCACGGCCCACACUAACUCUCCUAUAUCAGCUUUAUCUUUUGAUAGGAGCGGUAGUUUGUUGGUCACGGCUGACGUGGUCGGAAAAGAUUUCCACGUGUUCGAGAUAAAACCUCAUCCUUGGUCCAGUUCAGUCUGUCAGAUUCAUCACCUGUAUGUCCUGCAUCGGGGCGAUACCUCAGCUUCGAUUCAGAACCUAGCGUUUUCUCAAGACUGCAGGUGGUUGUGUGCGAGCACACGGAACGGUACAACACACAUAUUCCCUAUCACACCGUACGGCGGCCCCAUUACCUGUCGAACCCACCUCUCCUCUAAAGUCGUUAAUAGGCAUUCUAGGUUUCACACAUCAGCGGGAAUUAAUCAUAUUUCUCACAAGAGUAAUGGAGUCCCUGCCCUACGGGAACAGGAUUUAGUUCCGAGCUAUCAGCGACACAGUACGAUACCCAUUCUACCGACACCUAACGUGACGACUCCUUUAGUCCAACUGAAACAAUCACCCCUCAAAUCCUCAACCAACCUCUCACAGUCCACUCUUAUCUUCCCUAUAUCUGCUGUGUUCGGGAAAUCAAGAUUAAAAACACCCAAAUCUUCCAAUAAGUCAGUGAGGAGUGAGUCCUUGUUCGUGUUGGGACCUGGAGGUGUGUUGGUGGAGUAUAAGUUCGACUGCUGUGUUUUGACGGGAGUGAUCCCGGCUGACGAUGCUCCGAUACAGCUUACAGCCACCCCCUCUAUACAGUGGAACUUAGGGAGGAGCACUCGGAGUGAGCCUGUUCUUCAGUUCAAGGACAUUCAUCUUCUCUCUGAACAGGAGAUAGAAGCGGAAGAUGAAGAACUUUGUAAGAAGGAUGAGGGUUGGGUGAGCUAUGUGGAGAUACAGACUUACGAAGCACCCCACAGAUGCCUAUGGAUGGGACCGCAGUUCUGUUUUAGAACUGUUCACGUGCUACCCUCUUCUCUCAACAACGCUAGUUCUUCUAUACUUGCUGAUCAAACAGUUGUGUCGGAGGAUUCCCACCACGCAGACAAUAUAUACGAUGAUAUGGAAUUGCACAGCACGCCCCUCAGAACCGACACUAUACACAACAGUGAGGCUAUCAACGGUUUGUGUGUCAUUGAGAGCGGACAAGGUUCCGUCGAGCAACCUUCAGCUCUCGAGCUCAACAUGUCUGUUGACCCGUGCUAUAAAAAAGAUGAUCUCUUACUGGAGACUAUUACUGAUGCGAUGCAGGACGUCGCCAUCAAAACCAGAGCCCCCGACUAUGAAGACGACAUGGCAGUCAGUCAGAUAAUUGACUUACAUAUGGACAGUCGAUGAAGGAUUUGCAGAGCAGCUAGAAUUGAAGCAGCUGGGAGGAAAAUACUGAAAUAUUGAAAGUAACUAAAUGGUAUUGUUUAACCAUGGUAACUGGAGGGAACUUAUAUACUGAGAGUUCCUAUUAAUACCCCUGGAGAGUUUGCUGUGGUAAUCACACUAAAGCACGUAUCAAUAAGAGACAAUUAUUAGUUAAUUAAUUAAAUAAUUAGUUAAUUAAUUAAAUAAUUAAUUUUGCAUGUGAUGGUGCUCUCCAAGAAUAUAGAAGUUUGUACGAUUUUAGUAAAUACUAAGUGUUAUUGAACUUAAAUGUAGUUUUUGUUAUUGUUAUUGUUUAUAAUGAAGGCUUGGGCAAUGUUUCUAAAUUAUAUAAUGCAAUUUUCUUCAAUAAAUUAGUCCUUUUUUGCUCUAUAGAAAUUAUGAUGAAUCUAUUACAGUGCUUACAAUGUAAUGUAAUCUAUUAUAAUUUCUAGCAAUACUGGUAGUUUAAGAAGUUCAAGAAAUCUUUGAAUGGGUGUUAUUAUUUUACAGCACUCAGUAAAUCGUAAUUUGAAUUAUAAUUAUUAAAUAUAUAUUUAUUAUGAUAAUACAUUCUUGUAAUAUAUGGGAAAUGUUAAUGGGCACAUUUCUUAAGUUCUUAUCUCGUUAAUGCUCAGCAAAGUUAAAAUCUGAUAUAAUUAUUGCAAAUGUUUGGUUAGCUGGCUUCAAUCGGCUCGUGCUAUCAUUAGAGAGUUUAUUUGUAAGGACUGGAAGUCAGUUUUGAUAUUUUUUGUUUAGUGAAUUGAAAUUAAUAGAUUGAGAUUUAAAAAUUAAUUUUUCUUUCGUCACGUUAACGUGAGAAGUAAUCCUGCACCUAAUAACUGCCGGCCACAGGAGUUAGUAUAUCAUGAUAUUAAGGGAUUUAGAUAGUGGGUAGUUUCAGCUAUGAGUUUCAAUCUUAUGUAUUGUUUAUAUUAAUCACGGUAGCUAGAUUAUUUCAGAAUAGAAAGUGUUAUAUUAUUGUUAAAGUAUAGUUACUAUGGUUACCUGGUUACCUGGUUACCUGGUUACCUGGUUACCUGGUUACCUGGUUACCUGGUUACCAUGGUUACCUGGUUACCUGGUUACCAUGGUUACCUGGUUACCAUAAUGAAGUUAGGCGGGCGUUUAGUUGUUGUAAUAUUAUUUUGCUUGACUCUCAAUAGUUAAUUUUAUCUAGUAUUUUGGUUGCACUGUUGUAAAUGGAUAAACAUUUGAUAUUAUUGAUAAAUC